AUGACAUUGAUUUUUUCGUUGAUGCCCUGUGCUCUGGUGCAGUUAACGCUCCUCUUCGUCCACCGCGACCUCAGCCGGGAUCGCCCACUGGUGCUGCUCAUGCACCUGCUCCAGCUCGGGCCCCUGUACAGAUGUUUUGAAGUCUUUUGCCUCUACUGUCAGUCCAGCCAGAACGAAGAACCUUAUGUGAGCAUCACCAAGAAACGGCAAAUGCCAAAAGAUGGCCUUACAGAGGAGGUCGAGAAGGAGGUGGGCCAGGCAGAAGGCAAGAUGUUUACCCAUCGCUCUGCCUUCAGUCGGGCAUCCGUGAUCCAGGCUUUCCUAGGUUCUGCCCCACAACUGACACUGCAGCUGUACAUUACUGUCCUACAGCAGAGCUUCACUACUGGCAGAUGUGUCAUCAUGACCUUGUGUCUGUUGUCCAUUGUAUAUGGAGCCUUACGUUGCAACAUCUUAGCUAUCAAAAUCAAGUAUGAUGAGUACGAGGUCAAAGUCAAACCCCUGGCCUAUGUCUGUAUCUUCCUAUGGAGAAGCUUUGAGAUUGCCACUCGAGUCAUCGUCCUGGUCCUCUUUACCUCUGUCCUGAAGAUCUGGGUGUUGGCAGUUGUACUUGUCAACUUUUUCACCUUCUUCUUAUACCCCUGGAUCCUUUUCUGGUGCAGUGGCUCCCCAUUCCCCGAGAACAUUGAGAAGGCCCUAAGUAGGGUAGGUACCACCAUCGUACUGUGUUUCUUCACUUUACUCUAUGCUGGUAUCAACAUGUUCUGCUGGUCAGCUGUACAGCUCAAAAUCGACAAUCCUGACCUCAUCAGCAAAUCCCAGAAUUGGUACCGGCUGCUGAUUUACUACAUGAUGAGAUUCAUUGAGAACUCUGUCCUCCUGCUCCUAUGGUAUUUUUUCAAAACUGACAUAUACAUGUAUGUGUGUGCCCCUCUGUUGAUUCUGCAGCUGCUCAUUGCAUACUGCACGGGUAUUCUUUUCAUGCUUGUGUUCUAUCAGUUUUUCCACCCGUGCAAGAAGCUCUUCUCUUCCAGUGUUUCUGAAAGCUUUAGGUCAUGUAUCAGGUGUGUCUGCCUGUCCUGUGUGAGGAGAAAUUCCUCUGAGCCAGUAGUAAAGGUAGACAUGGACUUAAAGUCAUGCACAGAUCAAGAUCAAGAUCCAGAUACAGAACAAGAUCAAGGUCAAGAUGAAGAUCAAGAUGUUAGACCUUCUACCAGUAUGAUAAGUCAACAUUCUACCAGUAUAAUAAGUCCUGAAGUCUCUGAGAUGUGGAGUGCUAUUGAUCUGUAA